AUGCUUUCUUCUUUUAGUUGCGAUUUCACUAUUGGAGCCGUCAUUACUAGAGUUAUUGGAUGUUUUUUUUCUUUUAGUUGUGAUUUCGCCGUUGGAGCCAUUGUUACUGGAGCUUUUCUUCUUUUAGAUAUGAUUUCGUUAUUGGAGCCAUCAUUAGGGUUCUUGUUCAGGUUCGGGUUAGAGAUCGCUGUUUUCGGUUGCGAUUUUGCUAUUAGAGCCGUCAUUACUGGAGCUUUUCUUCUUUUAGAUAUGAUUUCGUCGUUGGAGCCGUUGUUAGGCUAUUAUUAG